CGGGCGAGUUGAUUCACUUACUCACCCCCUAACGCCGAGUUCCUUUUCACUGUCUGUGGACAUUAAAAAAGCGAGCGGCGGCAGGCGCCCAGGAGAGCUAGCGGCCGGGAGGCGAGCGGGCGAUCGGAGAUCGGGCGGCCGAGCUGUAGAGCAGCGCCGGCGCAGCGCGGUGACCCCAGCCCAGGUCCGCGCGGAGCAAGAGCCAGAGCGGAGCUGAUCUCGGCGCCCUCGCAGCGCUCCUCCGGGCCGGAGCCGGCCCUGCCCGCCGGUGGCGGAGGCGGCAGCGGCGCGUCCUCAAGCGGCGGCAGCGGCGCUCGCAGUGCCUGGACUUUGCUGUGCUUGGCCAAGUUGGACUGCUGGGGCUGCUCCCUCCUUACCCCCGCCUCCUUUUCUUGACACUCUCGGCAACCUCAAGUCUCGACCGUGGACAGAGGCCUUGGCAGCAGGAUGGAGCUGGAGUGAGGCAGAGGCACCUCGAGCUGCUGGCCGGCACGUGGGACGCUGGUGAUUCUCAGGUCACUGAGGCUGGACAACGUUCAUGGCUCUUGGGUAGAACCCAGUGAAACGGCCAGAAUGAAUUCUAUGGACAGGCACAUCCAGCAGACCAAUGACCGACUGCAGUGCAUCAAGCAGCACUUACAGAACCCUGCCAACUUCCACAAUGCCGCCACAGAGCUGCUGGACUGGUGUGGGGACCCAAGAGCCUUCCAGCGGCCCUUCGAGCAGAGCCUGAUGGGCUGUCUGACGGUGGUCAGUCGGGUGGCAGCUCAGCAAGGGUUCGACCUGGACCUCGGCUACAGAUUGCUGGCUGUGUGUGCUGCGAACCGAGACAAGUUCACUCCAAAGUCUGCUGCCCUGCUGUCCUCCUGGUGCGAGGAGCUUGGCCGCCUGCUGCUGCUCCGCCAUCAGAAGAGCCGCCAGAGCGACGCCCCUCCCGGGAAACUCCCCAUGCAGCCCCCCCUCAAUUCCAUGAGCUCCAUGAAACCCACUCUGUCGCACAGUGAUGGGUCAUUCCCCUAUGACCCUGUCCCGUGGCAGCAGAAUACCAACCAGCCUCCCGGCUCCCUCUCCGUGGUCACCACAGUUUGGGGAGUAACCAACACAUCCCAGAGCCAGGUCCUCGGGAACCCUAUGGCCAAUGCCAACAACCCCAUGAAUCCAGGCGGCAACCCCAUGGCAUCGGGCAUGACCACCAGCAACCCCGGCCUCAACUCCCCCCAGUUUGCUGGGCAGCAGCAGCAGUUCUCAGCCAAGGCCGGUCCCGCACAGCCCUACAUCCAGCAGGGCAUGUACGGCCGGCCCAACUACCCCGGCAGCGGGGGCUUCGGGGCGAGUUACCCUGGGGGUCCUAAUGCCCCCACAAGCAUGGGCAUCCCUCCGCACACCAGGCCACCAGCUGACUUCAGUCAGCCAGCAGCUGCUGCUGCAGCAGCUGCAGUGGCAGCAGCGGCAGCCACAGCCACGGCCACAGCCACUGCCACUGUGGCAGCCUUGCAGGAGACACAGAAUAAGGAUAUAAACCAAUAUGGACCGGUCUGUUCCUCUUUCCAGAUGGGUCCCACCCAGGCGUAUAACAGCCAAUUCAUGAACCAGCCCGGGCCGCGGGGGCCUGCCUCCAUGGGGGGCAGCAUGAACCCUGCAAGCAUGGCGGCUGGCAUGACACCAUCGGGGAUGAGCGGCCCUCCCAUGGGCAUGAACCAGCCCCGGCCGCCUGGCAUCAGCCCCUUUGGCACACAUGGGCAGCGGAUGCCCCAACAGACCUACCCGGGCCCCCGGCCCCAGUCCCUUCCUAUUCAGAGCAUAAAGAGGCCAUACCCAGGAGAGCCCAACUAUGGAAACCAGCAAUACGGACCAAACAGCCAGUUCCCCACACAGCCAGGCCAGUACCCCACUCCCAACCCCCCACGGCCGCUCACCUCGCCCAACUAUCCCGGGCAAAGGAUGCCCAGCCAGCCAAGCACCGGGCAGUACCCACCCCCCACGGUCAACAUGGGGCAGUAUUACAAGCCAGAGCAGUUUAAUGGACAAAAUAACACCUUCUCGGGAAGCAGCUACAGUAACUACAGCCAAGGGAAUGUCAAUAGGCCUCCUAGGCCAGUUCCUGUGGCAAACUACCCCCACUCACCUGUUCCAGGGAAUCCCACACCCCCCAUGACCCCCGGGAGCAGCAUCCCCCCAUACCUGUCCCCCAGCCAAGACGUUAAACCACCUUUCCCGCCUGACAUCAAGCCAAAUAUGAGUGCUCUGCCGCCACCCCCAGCCACCCACAAUGACGAGCUGCGGCUCACGUUCCCGGUGCGGGACGGCGUGGUGCUGGAGCCCUUCCGCCUUGAGCACAACCUGGCCGUCAGCAACCAUGUGUUUCACCUGCGGCCCACAGUCCACCAGACGCUGAUGUGGAGAUCUGACCUGGAACUGCAGUUCAAGUGCUACCACCACGAGGACCGGCAGAUGAACACCAACUGGCCAGCCUCGGUGCAGGUCAGCGUGAACGCCACGCCCCUCACCAUCGAGCGUGGUGACAACAAGACCUCCCACAAGCCCCUGCACCUGAAGCACGUGUGCCAGCCGGGCCGCAACACCAUCCAGAUCACCGUCACGGCCUGCUGCUGUUCCCACCUCUUUGUGCUGCAGCUGGUCCACCGGCCAUCUGUGCGCUCCGUGCUGCAAGGCCUCCUCAAGAAGCGCCUCCUGCCCGCAGAGCACUGCAUCACCAAAAUCAAGAGGAAUUUCAGCAGCGUGGCAGCCUCAUCAGGAAACACAACCCUCAACGGGGAGGACGGCGUGGAGCAGACAGCCAUCAAAGUGUCUCUGAAGUGCCCCAUCACAUUCCGGCGCAUCCAGCUGCCUGCUCGAGGUCACGAUUGCAAGCACGUCCAGUGCUUUGACCUGGAAUCGUACCUGCAGCUGAAUUGCGAGAGAGGGACCUGGAGGUGUCCAGUGUGCAAUAAAACUGCUCUGCUCGAGGGCCUGGAGGUGGAUCAGUACAUGUGGGGCAUCCUGAAUGCCAUCCAACACUCCGAAUUUGAAGAGGUCACCAUCGAUCCCACGUGCAGCUGGCGGCCAGUACCCAUCAAGUCGGACCUACACAUUAAGGAUGACCCCGAUGGCAUCCCCUCUAAGCGGUUCAAGACAAUGAGUCCUAGCCAAAUGAUCAUGCCCAAUGUCAUGGAGAUGAUCGCAGCCCUGGGCCCUGGCCCGUCCCCCUACCCACUCCCACCUCCACCUGGGGCCACCAACUCCAACGACUAUAGUGGCCAAGGCAACAACUACCAGGGCCAUGGCAACUUUGACUUCCCCCAUGGGAACCCUGGUGGGACGUCCAUGAACGACUUCAUGCAUGGUCCCCCCCAGCUCUCGCACCCCCCGGACAUGCCCAACAACAUGGCUGCCCUCGAGAAACCCCUCAGCCACCCCAUGCAGGAAACUAUGCCACACGCUGGCAGUUCUGACCAGCCCCAUCCCUCCAUACAACAAGGUUUGCACGUCCCACACCCCAGCAGCCAGUCAGGGCCUCCAUUACAUCACAGUGGGGCUCCUCCUCCUCCUUCCCAGCCUCCCCGGCAACCGCCACAGGCCGCUCCCAGCAACCAUCCACACAGCGACCUGACCUUUAACCCCUCCUCAGCCUUAGAGGGUCAGGCCGGAGCGCAGGGAGCAUCUGACAUGCCGGAGCCUUCACUGGAUCUCCUUCCAGAACUCACAAAUCCCGACGAGCUCCUCUCAUACCUGGACCCCCCCGACCUGCCGAGCAAUAGUAACGAUGACCUCCUGUCUCUCUUUGAGAACAACUGAAGCCCGCUGUCCAUCCGGGCCAUCCCUCCCCACUCCGCUCCUUCCCCGUCUGUCCCCCACACACUUCCCCACCGGGAGCCCGUGUCCUCAAACCACCCCUGCUUCGGCCUUCUCAGAGCAGGGGUGGGAGGAUGCACUGUGAAGCCCACGUGGGUCUGGAGCCGAUGCCCAGAGCAGGCCCCAAAGAUGACCCUCACAACGGGGAGCGAGCCAGGGAGAGGGCACACGCUGACAACGGCUUCCUGGUCCCUCUGAGUGUGCUCAUUCCAGACAGCCCCUCAGUGCCGCUCCCCCUGCCCUCUGGUUCUUCCAGUUUCUAAACUGUAACCCUGCCUCCCUGCUCCCUGGCCCAGAGCCUCCUUCACGUGACUGAGCCCAAAAGAGGCCCCCUUCCCCUCCUGAGACCUGGGUGGCCCAAGCCUUGGAGGAGCAGUGACAGUUGGCUGCAAGGAGAGCAGCCCGCCUACCACCAUCACCCACCACAGAAAAGCACAAACCUCUGGGAAAGAGAACUCUCUUAGGGGCCAAGGUUGUCACUUUGAACCCUGACCUCUAAGCCAAGAUACCCUGUAAACACUCUCUCUCAGAAAACAGAGAAAAAGGACAAGGUUCUGUGUUUGAGAGAGGGUGUGCCAUUCCUGCUUGGGGACUGGUGGGAAAAGGGUCAGGGCCUCUUCAGAGCCAGGACAACACAGCAGGUGGCUCCAAGACCUUUUGACUCGGACCUGGGCUAAGCCUUGUGGGGGGACAGAGCGAGUACCCAGCAGAAAUUAUUGUGCCCUUAGUUGGGGGACAGGAGAAUGCUACCAGGUGGUCAAUAAGAACGGCAACUCAAAACUUUGCUCCAAGCCACUCCCUGUUUUUAAACAAUUUAAAGCUACAAAGUCAUCUGGAGAAAAGGAAUAUGGACUUGGACAGCAAGCGAAUCAUUUCUCUCCGUGCAUUCUAUUUCCUUCCUCCCGCUCCUCAGCUGCCUCUCCCAAACCGUUAUGUCGGAUACCCACUUCCCUCUGUGCUGGUUUCCCUUUGUCCUCCAAGCCCAGAUGGCAAGGGGGGAUGGUGGAAAGGAAUGGGAGAUGCAGGCUUGGCGCAUGUGUGGGCUUAGCAACAGGAACUCCUGUGUCGGUAUCUCCAGCCCCACAGUCUGUUUGCCCCUGUGCUCAAGGCUGCCCACGUGUGCUGGGAUGUACCCAGGAGCAUCGAGGGAUGCUUUUGUGGCUGCCUCAGACACCAGCUUCACUGCUGGUCUCUCCCCUCCGUCUCCCUCUGCCAUGGAAAGCUCAGCCCACACUCCUGCUGGGUCAGACCGAAGCACCUCUGGUUUUCUUGCCAUCACUUUGCUCCAUUCAGCUCACUGCUCUCUGAGGCUCCCAGGUAGUAUGUGUGUCCAUUUUCCUUUCUGGCUCCUCUGUGUUCCCCUAAGCCACACGGCCUGGGAUGCUGUUGAGCCAUUGGGUAACUUGUGUCACGUCUGUGAAUUCGUUGCACCCUCCCUGCUGCUGCCUGGGGCCCCCUCCUGCUCUCCUGUCUACCAUCUGUGUCCUCAACCCCCGUCUCCCUCUCUGUGGCGGGUGGUCCCCAGCACUCCUCUGGAUUUGACCGGAAUGGUGGCCCCAGCUGUUGACCUUCAGUCACCGCACCAGACGGCCAGCACAAGGUUCUCUGAAGGGAAGCUGCCAUUGUCUGUCCAGCCUUUUUCCUUUGUCCCGUUGUUGAGGUUUUUUCAAACAGUGUGGUGUUCAGUAUGCAAAUCGAUUAUUUUAAGAAUUGCUUUUGUAAAUAUCUUUGUGAAUAUUUUAGUAUUGUCUUUGAUAAUAUGCAACAUUUUCAUGACCUGGUUAUAGCCUUUGCUGGUGUUUUUAAAAACCUUGACUCAAUGACAAAGACCGAGUCCUUUUUUUAAAAAAAAAAACAACAAAAACAAAAAAGCAACCAGGGCUAUUUGUACCGAUGAAGGGACGAAGAGCAGGGGUGGCUGUGCCGGAGUUGGACGACCAGGCUGUCCACUGUUCGGAGCCAUCCCCAGUCGUCUGCUGGGGACAAGACGGCACCAGGUAGCAUGUGGCCAUCUUUGCCCAAAGGCCAAUAGCCCCGGCCAGUGGCCACAUUGUACCAGGCCAUGUGGGAAUGUCCUACCCCAGACAGACUUACAGAUGCCUUCCUUAGAAGUUCCUGCUUCCUGCCAUGCUAUGUUUUCCCAGAAAGGCCUGGGAUUCAAUCUGGUUUUUAUCGGGGUGUCCCUACUCUGCUCACUGACCUGUCCACAGCUGUGUGGUACAGAAGGCCGAUAGGCCCCCCACAGCCCAGACUCCAGGCACCUUCAUCCAUCUGCAAGGAAGCUGCAGUCUCAGCACCUGAGACAGGUUUCCCGGGUCCCCUUUCAAGCGAGCCUCCACCAGCAAGUUCAGGAAAGAACUUCCCUGACCCGUGGAGCCUGAGGCCCACAUUCUGGAGGCAUACUCUCUCAGAGUGAGUCUGGAGCCAGGCCAGGGGGUGAGUGGGAGGCAUGAAGGCAUCCAGCUGGAAAAGCUCCAGCUGGGGACAGAUUCAGGUGAUGGCAGCCUCCCCUAUCAGGAGCAGCUCUGAACUCAGGAGACGCUUCCCUGAUCCUUUUUGGACAACUACUUGGAGCCAUAAGUAACCUCAGCAAAAACGAGGCCUCAGCAAGCCACUUCUCCACGACAGGCACCCACCAGGCCAUAGGCGCCUUUCCACUGCCACUCCACGAGAUGGACAGGGGCAGGCGGGAAGCCCCAAGUACAGGCAAUCACCCCAUCUUCUUGGUUUGAAGCUUUACCCAUGUAUCAUGUUCCCUGUUACCAUUUUAUUUUUUAAGAAACUUCUAAUACUUUCUCCCUAAUGGAAGCCCUAACUCCCUCCCCCACCCCACCCUGCCCCGAGAGCUACAGUCUGCUCCCUCGGCCUGACCCAUCCAGAUAGGACGUUGUCGGCAGCAGCGACUCAAGGGACGUAUGUACAUAUGUAAAUGAGAAAUAGAGACAUGUUAACAGAUGCAUUCAUUUCCCUUGGAAUGUGUAUUGUUUUUAUUUUACAAAACAAAAGGCUUGGAACUCCAUCUUAAUGUGGAAAAACUAGAUCCUGUUUGUUAGCAAUUGUGAGGUCUCUCUCCGCAUCUGUCUCACUCAUGUAAUAUACUCUGACCCUGUGUGGAAAGGAACUUUUGUUGUUUUGUUUUUAUUUUACCUACAUGUACUAUUUAGCUUCAGUGUACUAGUCCUGCCACCUGUGUAUUUUUAGGGUGCUAUGGAAAUAAUGAAAAGAAAUGGGGAUUUCAGAAGAGAAUUGUAACCAAAUUCAUACUUUGUAUAAUUUUUGAUAUCAUGAUCACAGGUGAUUCACACGCACACACACAUGAACACACCCGCAGUGCAGCCUGACGUGCUCCCACGGAAGUCUUCAUCGUCUCUGCACGCCUCCGUGCAGCGCAAUCAUUUCAUACUUUGAACUGGUCAGAAAAGUCAUUGUGAUUUCUAGUCUUGCAAAGCUGUAUGUAGUUAGAUGAUGUGACAACCUCUAAUAUUUAUCUAAUAAAUAUGUAUUCAGAUGAAACCUGUAUAUUAGGUGUUCAUGUGGUUAUUUUGUAUUUAAAGAUCAAAUUAUUUGACUAUUGCUAGACAUUUCUAUACUCUGUUGUAACACUGAGGUAUCUCAUUUGCCCAUGUUAAUUUUUUUCUAAAUAAAUUGACAAAAACGAA